AAAAAUCGAUCUGAAGCGAGCAGUGGUCUGUGAACUCGAGCUGUGAGAGUGCUGAGACUGUUUGGUUGAUAUCUCGAGUUUUACCAAUCCAAUUAAGGCGUGUGAGAUACCAAAAGAAAGCUCUCAAGACGAGGAAUCCGUGAAGGUCUGGUUUGCAUCAAUCGGAGUAGAGGAAGGCUUCCAAAUCGUCCGAGCAGAACGCGACCUCGCAGGGACGGAUUUACUCUUCUAAUAUAGUGGCAUCAUCAAAAUCUUAUCAAAAUUGGGUACUAACACAUUGGAUCGAGAAGGAAGGUUUUAAAGCUCAUUUGAGGUUGAGGCUAGAGCUUGCUUCCUGUGCUCGUUGCUCGAGAGAUCAUCUAGGAGCGAAGACUUGGUUCGUGCUUCCUCCAUUCGGGUUUUAAACAUUAAUAAACAUGCUCAUGGAUAUUUUACUAUAGAGCCUGCGUGCUCAUGAAUAGCCCGGUGUGGCCUUUUGUUUUAAACAAUGUUUUCCGCUGCGUUAUGAAUUACUUAUUAUGUUUUGUUUAUGGAUGUAUAUGUGUGAAUGAUAUUCAAGACGCCUUGUAUAUUAUGAAUGUGUUGAACUGCGGUUGACUAUUCAUAUUGUACGGCGGGUUGUUGACGUGUCCGGAUAGGUCCGGGGCGUGACAAUUAAGUUGGUAUCAGAGCCUUAGUCCAUAAACUUCAUAAUGAAGUCUCAAAAUUCUCUUUUCAAAAUGAUUUUUGAAAACCAUGAGCAAAAACGUUUUGUACUUAAGAACUUUUGGUGUUUGAGUUGCAAGGUCUCUAAUUGUUAAGAUGGCGCCCUUAACGAUUGGUAUGGCGGUGACUUGACCCAAGAGAUGUCUUAAGUGCCUAUCUGUCAGUUGACAUUUGAAACGAGUCUAAUGACUCAUUCUAAUUAUUUCUUUCAGCGAUGGAGGGUGAUGGUGGUAUUAUGAAUAGGGAGAACUCGGAAGGGCUUGCACCGGGUGGAACCGGGCAUGCCAACCGAGAAAAGCCCUUAGGACCAAAGGUGCAUGAAAUUCUUGAAGCUCAAAUCGUGAGUGGUGGUCAUGUUAAGACCAAGGAAAAAUCACCUUGUUAUGGCAAAACUGAACCACUCAAGGCUUCGGGUGACGAAGGAGAUGGUUUGAGUGAUGAGGACCUUGAUAAUGCACCCAUUGAACAAAUGGGCAUGGUCAUAAAUUGGCUUCAACGUGAACGUGCAAGACUUAUACAAAAACGCCAAGCUAGGCAAGUUAAGGACGCACCAUUAGGAAGGAAAAGAAAAUGGGGAGACCACGACCCCCAAGGACAUUCUAGGAGGACAAAUGUUGAGGGUGACAAAACCUUCGGGGCACACACAUUAUCGCUUGGGAGGAGUCGAGGCUCGGGUGGCCAGAGCUCGAGGUCAAAAGGUUCGAGAGUACCUAAGUGCACAAAUUGUAAGAAGCACCACCCGGGUAAGUGUUGGGACCCUCCUAGGUGCUACCGAUGCAGAGAGAUCGGGCACACGAAUGCGAAUUGCCCACAACUUGUACCCG